AUGUAUUUCGGCAAAAUUUUAGUCUACUCCAUCUUCAGUGUCAUUACCUUAGGAGGUGUAGUUGUGAACAGUGAGGAAGCGCCAACGAAAAAACCUGCAGAAAAAGAAGAUAAAUGGCCAGCCAAAUGGUGCGACAAACAGUGCACUGAGACCAAAAUAUUUGCUAAUGCUUGUAAAAAGAGCAAGAAGAAGUCAAUUGACUGUAUCUGUUCGUCGCACUUUGCUGAGAAACUAGGAAAGUGCCGCGGUGAUGGAUGCGGUCAACAUUACAAGAGUAGCCAUUGGCCAUCACAAAUUGAGCCGCUGUUGGAGGAUUGCAGCAAUGGCAGAUACCAUGAGGGUCCACUCUAG